UGGAGAUUUUUGCCUGUGUCAGAAGUGCCGCUCUACUGUUUGCGUGCUGCCGCGCCGCUUUUCUGUUUUCUUUUCGUCCUUUUUCUGAACCGAGCCAGUGGGGUCAGCUCAAAGACAAACUCAUGGGUCACUGACCAAACUGAGGGAGAAAGGUUAAAAAGAACAAAGACAGAGGAAGGGAAAGGGGGUGGGGAGAUGGUCAGCAAGUUGAGGAGACUUGGUAAGAAGAGAAUUAGAGAUUUUUAGAAGGACCUUGGGGACCGCUGAAGGAGACGGAGCAAUGUGUAAAAGAAAAGGGGGAGGGGGAGGAGAUACAGAGGGGGUUCUUGCUCCUUACUCUGUCCGGGUGUAGAGCUUUUCAAAGCUGUCCCGUGGAGCCAGAGUGCCUUUUGUCUGCUGAUACGAUCAGGGAGCUGCAGGAAGUGGAGGAGCCUGAGAGUUUUUCUGUCAGCCUCGGCGCUCGGUGCUGCUCCCCUCAAGGAGACUUGAGCUGGGCUAUCUGUUUCCAUCUCUUCUGCUGCGCUCCAACAGGCCAGGCUGUUCACCAUGAAGGGCACGGGGUACGUUAAGCCCUGCCUUCUUCGAUGCCAGAGACCAGGCCUAGCGUUUGGAUGAAGGUCACUGGAAUGUGAGACGGACUCCUGCGGUAUCUCUGUCUGCAAGCGAGCGGUAGACAUGUGGAGACAGAUGAGAAGAAGAAGUGAAAUUCACAGAGAAACGCCAAACGCAGCUAAUGCGUGCGCCAAUUAGAAGAUGUCGGUAGAUGCGUUUGGAGCUGGACCCUGCGAUGCCCAGCAGACCCUGCAGUCCUUUUGGCCUCGAGUCAUGGAGGAGAUCAGGAACUUGACCAUAAAGGAUUUCCGUGUGCAGGAGCUUCCCCUGGCUCGAAUCAAGAAAAUCAUGAAGCUGGAUGAGGAUGUAAAGAUGAUCAGCGCCGAAGCUCCGGUCCUGUUUGCCAAAGCCGCUCAGAUCUUUAUCACGGAGCUCACCCUGAGAGCAUGGAUCCACACCGAGGACAACAAGAGGCGUACACUACAGAGGAACGACAUUGCUAUGGCGAUAACAAAGUUUGACCAGUUCGACUUCCUGAUUGACAUUGUGCCCCGGGAUGACCUCAAGCCCCCUAAAAGACAGGAGGAGAUGCGUCAGUCAGUAGCGCCUGCAGAGCCGGUGCAGUACUACUUCACCUUGGCCCAGCAGCCCGGAGCCGUGCAGGUGCAAGGCACUCAGCAGGGUCAGCAGGCUGGAGCGCAGACCGCCACCACCAUCCAGCCCGGACAGAUUAUAAUCACACAGCCGCAGCAAGGACAGAUGUUGCAAGGUGCCACCAUGCAGCAGUUACAGCAAGUGCAGGUGCAAUCACAAGGCACACCCAUCACGAGCGCGCCCGUCGCCAUGCAGGUGGGCGAGGGCCAGCAGGUGCAGAUUGUUCAAGCUGCCGCAGCCCAGGGUCAAGCUCAGGCAGCUCAAGCUCAAGGCCAAACCAUGCAGGUCAUGCAGCAGAUCAUCACCAACACAGGAGAGAUCCAGCAAAUCCCGGUGCAGCUAAAUACAGGCCAGCUACAGUACAUCCGUCUAGCACAGCCUGUCUCUGGAGCCCAGGUGGUGCAGGGACAGAUUCAAACUCUGGCAAACACGCAGCAGAUCACGCAGGCUGAGGUGCAGCAAGGACAACAGCAAUUCAACCAGUUCACUGAUGGACAGCAGCUGUAUCAGAUACAACAGGUGACGAUGCCGGCGGGACAGGAACUGACCCAGCCCAUGUUCAUCCAGUCCACCAGCCAGACAGCAGACACGCAGGUCACGCAGGUCAGCACCGACUGAGUCCAACCCGGAGCCUUUCUCUGCAACAAUUAACAGCACGCUCACCAGCCUGUCUGAUGCCGACAGACGUCAUCAACUUCAACAAGAGACGCUCUGAUAUGAUAUUUGGAAGAACCGCAGAUUUGAAAUGAGGGACCGGGGAAGUUGCAACAAAGCUCAUGUUUUCUAAUAAAUUCAGUUCAUCGGAUUGAAAACCAAAGGGACGCUGUUAGACUCCUAUAAAAAAUGGCAUUUUAUUCAGACUUUGAGCAGUUCUGUUUUUGUACUUUUGUCGCUGACAUCACAUUGGAAAACGAAAAAAAAUAAUUUAAAACCGAAGGCCUGAUUUCUGUAUUUUCUGGACUGCAAGAAUUGUGUGAUGUAAAUUUGGUCACCUAUGUAAGCCCACAGUGGACCUUCAGUCCAGAAGCUGAUUUGAUGCACUUAGAGUUUACAAGAGCCACGCUGUCAUUGUAAAACAGGGGGAAAAAGUGACUGUGACGUAUAAGUAGUGUACACAAAAAUACAUGCAUGAUGGCAAGGUCCCAGACGGUUUGUGUGCAGGGAAACCAAGCAGCAGCAUCAGUUUCUUUCCAUGAUGACAUAUCUGAAUUUUAAAGAAACAGGGACGUUUUGCUGCCUUUUCAUUUUCACCCGGAGGUUAACUGGGGAAACAAAUCUCUGUAUUUGUAAUGUAUUUUUGGCUAGACAUAUCCCUUCACUCUGUGUUUUCUUUCAAGUAGUUGGAUGAAUUGAAGCCAUAUACCUCAGAUAAGGUUUAAUUAUUUGGUUUGUUUCCCACAUUGAUGAAGCAGUGCUUUCUUUUGUAAGGGCUUCAAACUGUGUAGGUUAGUAGUGUGUGUAUGCCCGGGUGUGUGUGUAUGCGUUUUGUGUUUUGAGCAUCCGCACUCAAUGUUGCUCUUCCAGACUUUUUCCUCAUCUGGUCUGUGGAGCAGCGAACCUCCACUCUGCCUUUUUAUGCAUUUUUUUUCCCCCAGUCCACUCCUACCGGGAGCUUUUCCCUCUUUCGUCUUGUGCCCUGCUUGAUGUCUCAUGUACAGACACAUGACUCCAUCUGGAGAAAAUAAAAACUUUUCAAGGUUUGCCCUCAUAACUUCCCCAUUAUCAUUUUUCUUUUGUACAGUAUAAAUAAUGUUUUUAUCCUUGUUGUUUUUGCAUGUAGUUUAAAUUGCCAGCAUGGCAUGCAAUAGCUCGGUACCAUUUUAUUUUUGAUGUUAAUUUUUGUAAAACAAUUCUGUUUGUGAAAUAAAAAAUAAUAAUAAAAAAAAA